AUGACUAGUACUUCUAGUACUUCUCUCACAACCCAAGGUCCUGCAUACGUAAUUAUAGAUCACUCCAAUAUUUAUUUUCAAGGGAAAAACAUCGAAAAUUCCCCAAUUAAAGUAGAUUCUGAUCUUAAUUACGCUAAACUACGUAAUAUAAUUCUAGAUGGGCGUGAAACUGAGAAUUCCAUUAUUGUUGGAUCUUGUCAUAAAAAUGACUUAAUAACACACCUUCCGUUUUUUAAGCUUCUCGAAAAGAAUAAUUUUCUUGCCCCCAUUAAUAAUGCCAUUAUCUUGAUUUCGGGUGAUGGUGAUUUUGUACCCCCAUUACGGAGGGCCGAGGGACGUGAAGUGGAAAUAUGGGCUUGGGAGAAUGGAAUGAGUCAACAACUUAAAUCUUUAGCAACGAAAUCUGGUUUUCUGACAUUUGAAAAUGUCACUGGAGCUGAGAACAGAAGUAUUCAACCCACUUUUACUCAUGGGGCGCUUUUACCACAGGAAAUGCUUGGUGGUAUUCAAAGUACUUACGAACUGAAGGAAAAUGAUACAUUCUCAGAUUGUUCA